AUGCUGAGUAAAGAUAGUUUUCGCGAUUCAGAGAAAGAUAUAGUCCACGUUAAGUCGUCUAUACGUCAAAUUGCUGGUCUUGACGAUAAUGUGAUUGGUCUUGAGUAUUUCGAGCAAGCACAAGAAUUAUCGCAAGAGGAAGUAGAGGCUGAAUAUAAGAAAGUCUUGAGAAAAAUUGAUUACAGAAUCCUUCCUAUUCUCUGUGUAACUUAUACGUUACAAUUUUUGGAUAAGUUAUCUUUAAAUUAUGCUGCUGCUUACUCGCUUAAGGAAGAUAUAGGUUUGGAAGGCCAACGUUAUUCUUGGGUUGCUGCAAUUUUCAAUUUCGGUUAUUUGUUUGGUGCUCUUCCAUCAAAUUAUAUUAUUCAGAAGGUUCCGGUUGCAAAAUACACUGGCUGUAUGUUGGUCUGCUGGGCCGUGAUACUUAUUGGUCAUGUUGGCGCUACUAAUUAUGGUGGAAUGCUCGUUCUUAGAUUUCUCUUGGGUACAUUGGAAAGUGCUAUUUCUCCAAGUUGUAUGAUGAUCUGUGGACUCUUUUAUCCAAAAGACGCUCAGCCAAUGAGAAUGGCAACAUUUUUAUCCUGUAAUGGUAUUGCAACUAUGGUUGGUGCAUUAUUGGCAUAUGGCUUGGGACAUGCUGACAGCGCUGCCAUUAAACCAUGGAAGCUAAUAUUCAUGGUUAUCGGAUUAAUUAACUUUGUAUGGGCAUUCUUUUUCCUUUGGCUAACCCCAGAUUCUCCUGAGAAAGCUAAGUUUUUGACAGAAAGAGAGAAGGCAAUUGUUAUUGAAAGGGUUUCACAUAAUAAUAUGGGUAUCAAGGACAAAGAAUUUAAGAAAUACCAAAUGUUUGAAGCGGUCUGUGAUAUCUCGGUUUGGCUUAUGGCAUUUGUAGGAUUAGCUUGUGGUGUAAUCAAUGGGGGUACUUCAAAUUUCCAGUCUGCAUUAUUGAAAGGUUUUGGUUUUAGUGGCUUAAAUGCAACGGCCUUACAAUUACCAACGGGUGCUAUAGAAUUUGUUUGCGUCUUUGCUGCUGGAUUUGCUGCCAUUUUGAUCAAGAAUAGUAGAGCAGUUAUCAUGGUUUUACUCUGUAUCCCACCUCUUGCUGGACUUAUUGGUAUCAGCACAAUUCCAUUGGUACAUAGGUGGUCCUUAGUUGGGUGUACUUGGUUGCAGUACAUGAUUGGUGGGCCUGUUAUCUUUUCUUGGAUUUUCUUGAAUGCCAAUGUAGCAGGACAUUCCAAGAAAGCAAUUUCUACCGGUAUUUGGUUCACCUUCUACGCUACGGGUAACAUCAUUGGUGCUAACAUAUUCUACGCAAAGCAGUCUCCUAGGUAUAAGAGUGGUAUGAUUGGUUGUAUUACUUCUUAUGUUGGAAUUAUUGUAAUUGCUGUUGUCUAUAGAUUAUUGCAAAUGUAUAAAAACAAAAAGAGAAACGAGUUGCAAGGAGGAUACACUGAGGAGAUUCAAAGACAAGCUAUUAUUGAUGGGUUCAAGGAUAUGACUGAUGGAGAAAAUAAAGGUUUCAGAUAUUCUUUGUAA